AUGAUUGGAACGGUUUUAUUGCUAACUUCCUCGAUUCUUUUUUUAUGGCAUCCAUCAGAAGCUGUGAAAUGUUACAAGUGUGAAGCGAUAGAUGCCUGCAACAGUCCGGUAAAUGCUAAUGAUCCUGGAGUAUCCGUGUGUAAUGAUAACUACUGCUACAGUUCAAAAGUUGAAUUUAUGGGUAUGACUGCAUCAGUGAGAGACUGUGGAUCGGACGUGGCUUUCAACGAAUGUCAGACAAUGACCAUAAGUGGCAUGCCGACAACCAUUUGCACUUGUAAAACAGAUUAUUGUAAUGGCAGUUAA